GAAGCCGUCGAACCAACAACAUGGAGUUGAGUGGAGGUAGAGUUGCACUGUUUGCAGUCGGAUUGUUGGCUGUAGUAAGUCCAGUGGUGACGAUCGGAGAAGAGGUACCUCGCCGGUUGGUGUGUCACUACACCACCUGGUCUCAAGGUAGGGCUGGCGAUGCGUCUUACCGGAUUGAGGACGUCCCGGGGGAUCUUUGCACGCAUGUGGUGUACAACUUUAUCGGAAUCGAUGAGGACACUUACGAGCUGCAGCCGUUGCAACGGGAGAUCGACAUCGUCCAGAACGGGUUCAGCCGGUUCGGGAAUUUGAAGAAAAAGUUUCCCCACUUGAGGACGUCGAUAGCCGUAGGGGGAUGGGCUCAUGGAGGAGCAAAGUUCAGCAGGAUGGCAGCCCGUCGAGCUCGCCGGCAAAAGUUUAUCCAUAGUGUGGUAAAUUUCUUGGAACAGUAUGAAAUUGACGGGUUGGAACUGGUGUGGCUUUAUCCGGGUAACCCAGAACGAGGUGGUGACGUGAACGAUAAGGACAACUUCAUCUACCUGGUCGAGGAGUUGGCUCGUGCAUUCCGGAAGGUCGCUAAGAACUGGGAAGUUACGAUUCAAGUUCCAGCGGACAAAUCCAGACUCCCUGUUGGAUAUGAAGUAGAUGCACUGUGCGAUGCUGCAGACUACGUCAACAUCAUCGGGUAUGAUAUGCGCGGUUGGUGGAACAACUUCGCGGACGUUCACAGCCCCAUGGAGGACCGACCUCACGAUACCGGCAGUUUCCGGGGAAUCAACGUGCAGGACGGAGUUCAGCAGUGGCUCUCCAAGGGAUGCCGUCCCAACAAAAUUGUUCUCGGAGUUCCCAUGCUGGGUCGGACUUACAUCCUGGCCAACGCCCAACAGAAUAGCAUCGGUUCACCAACAACUGGUCCCGGGCCUGCCGGACGGUACACUCACGAGGCCGGCUAUCUAAGUUACUUCGAGAUAUGUCUCAAGUUCAAAGCUCCUCGCUCAAACUGGCGUCAGCUGUGGGACGACGUAGGACUGUGUCCGUACGCGUACCAGGGCCGCGAGUGGAUCGGUUACGAGAACGAGCAAUCGCUGGAGAAGAAGGUUGAGUUUGUGAAGCAAAAGCAACUGGCUGGAGUUUAUGCGUUUUCGCUGGAUCUGGAUGACUACAGAGGGGACUGCGGAGGAGAGACUUAUCCAUUGACCCGAGAACUGUACAAGUACAUCAGUGAAACUAAGGAAGAGGAUGACAUCACAUCGGCGUUCAAUCGACCAAUACUCGAUCGGAAGUGAACAGCAAUAAAGCGUUGGCAAAAGAU